AUGCCACCGACAACGGAAAUUCAAGCGCAAAAUGAAUAUGGCAUAAACUAUUUCUGGAGACGCCGGUCACAGAUAUCGCUGCCGACUUGGAUAGGGUGGAUGAGAAUUUCCCAAACGGUCCAAUCCUAUGCAUACCGUGCUUGUUUACUCGCUACACUGUCUAGUGUCUUCGAAAAGAGCGCAGGAGGAAUGCUGGUCCAAGAUCUAAUACCAUUUACUUUAAGUUUUUGGCCUCUUCUCUUCGGUCAUUGCAUUCUCUCGUUGGUUUUACUCUCAUGCCAGGUAGGUAUGGUGUUCGUGCGCGCCUACACACUCUUGUAAUUUUACGCAUGGCGAGUUAUUACACAUCUAAGUGGGGCUGUAUUGUGUUUUUGAUAAUACUGGCUAUUGAUCCUGGUUGAGUGAACUGCUCUUGUCACCUUUUUGUAACGUAAUAUCAAAUAUAUAAAAAAAAUUUUUAAAACACACAAUGCCAUGUUUAUUGAGGUGCCUGUGGCCUUUCUGCACUCUCACACAAUUGCAUCAACUAUGAUACGUUUUUAGUGGUAAGCAGCUGUAGUUCCCAGUCAAUUGAUGCAAUGUUUUCAUGUGAAGUAGGCUAUUGGUGAUUGGAACACACAUACGCACGCACGCACGCACGCACGCACGCAGGCAGAUAGCGGUAGACUCGUGGAAAGUAGCACAUAGUGAGCUAUAGAUUCCCAUCUGGAAUAUGAUGUUGAGGAUGAGUAUUCUAACCCCUGGCCCAUGCUACUGCCUACAGAGAACAGUGAGUCGCUAUGCAGGCGCGGGAUGUUGCCAGGGUUCAUGUGUAAUAUGAUUUGCUCGAGUUUCCAAGUACACCCACACACACUCCUCAGGGGCAGCCUGCUGCCCACUCUGGUGGUGGGUGGUUUCUCUGAGGGAGAGGGUUGCAUCCGUAGACAUGAUACCAUCCUGUAUGUCUAUGAAUGCAGCUUCUAGAGAAGCAAUAUAGUAGAGAGAUAUGAUCUUGUGUACUACUGUUUCCAAACCACAAACCAUGAUGAUCUAGUUUGCUGAUGCCCUAGCACUGAUGGUGCAGGACAUUAUAUACACUGAUACAAUUACUCAGUGCAUAUUGUAGCAGGUAGGCUACACUACAGUAUAUUAACAUUCUACGCUCUCAUCUCACGCUCCUUUUUUAAUGAUAAAAAAGCAGACAUUCUGAAAUAUGCCAUUUGAGGGUGGAUAAUAAAAGUUAAUAUUUUUGAAUGCAUAAUGAAUAGUGAAACUAUUUAUCUAUUUUCUGUCUCUCUUUCUCUUUGUCCAUAAGGGUGAACUCCAGAGGUCAUGCUCGCAGACUGUAACUGAGAAAGUGAGCGAACACUGCCAGCUGGCAUGCCAGUGUAGAAGCUACCCUCCCCUUCCUCCCCCACCUCCUCCCCCACCUCCCCCACGGCUACUGUUGGCCACAGGUAAGGCUCAACUCACACCUGUAUCACACCACAUCAACCAGCCUCUGCUGUUUCACGCUCCUGUCUCACUAUCCUGUCUCACUGUCACCUGUUUCACUCACAACUGCCUCACUUCCAGUGCCUGUAUCUACCUAAACCUUUUCACUUUAAAUGUCUUGCUAGCACUUUGCAGUACAGUGGCCUUAUACCAGAGCAUCUAUAGUGGAAUAAAGUGUAUUUCUUCUCAGAAAAGAGCCAGGGGCUUAGGGGGAGCAGAAUUUAAAACCAGGUAGUGGAAGAGUGUGUUGUGUGUUGAUGUAGAAAGGCUUUUUUCUGAGAAGACUACGAGUGUGUGAUAGAGCUGGCAGAAUGUUGACAGCUGAACAGAGGGCUAAUUUAUGCUUGGCUUGACCUUGGGGAGUUCCCAGUUUCCUGUGAAAUAUCUGCCUGCUGGGCUCAGUGGUUGGGUUUCCCCUGGAGGGACCCCCUGAUAUAAAAAGCAGAUGAGUUAAUUAAAUUAGGGUUUUGAUACAGAUAAGGGGGCUAAUGAACUGGCCCGGCAGUUCCUUCUGUGUUUUAAAGUCGAGCCGGUGGCACUGAGUGUGUAUGUAUGUGUAUGUGUAUGUGUAUGUAUGUGUAUGUAUGUGUGUGUGUGUGUGUGUGUGUGUGUGUGUGUGUGUGUGUGUGUGUGUGUGUGUGUGUGUGUGUGUGUGUGUGUGUGUGUGUGUGUGUGUGUGUGUGUGUGUGUGUGUGUGUGUGUGUGUGUCUGUUGUCAUGCAGUUUUCUUGCCUUACUGGUUUCCAUGUCUCCUUCAACAUAUUUCAGUGCUUAACUAAUGAUCAGAUAUGUAUCCGAUCUGAAACUGUGACAUUCUUGUCAUUGACAAAGUAGUUAUAUCAACUAUAUGAAUCAGUAUAUGAUAUCGCAAUGGUGGAAGGAGGAUAGUUUGUCAAUAUGACAGUUGAUAUGAUUUGUAUGUUGUCAUGAAUACUGUAAUGAGAAGUUAUGAAAUAUGGGACAGGCAUUGCUGAUGGUGCACUCAUCCCAGGUCACAACUGAGAAUGUUGAAAAUCAGUCAGCCAGAACACUUCAUGCUGAGAGUAUGGAGGAGCACUCUAUCAUCAAAUGCUCGACAGACAGCCGUGGAAAGGGUUCAAUCAAUCAGCUUAAAUGAUUUCCUCUGUUUGGUCAACUCAGAUGGGCCUCUUUUCCUCCUGCAUCACCACGUGAGGCAUCUAUGAAUAGAUAGAUAGGGCUUUCAUUGACCACUGUGUCUCUAACUUAGCUAACCUAUCUGCCACCUGUUGAUUUACAAGUCCACGAUGUCCAUCAUGAACACAGGACUCUUCCACCGGGUCUUUUGUGCAAACUUGGUCUGCAGUCUAGUAUUGGCUGUGUAUCUUCUCACCAUAUUGUAAUUCUCUGUUUAUGAAUCUAGAGAGUUAUGCACAGUCUGUAUGUAUGUUAUUCUAUUUCUUUGGUUAUAUACCUCUGUGUGUGACUGCUGGCAUGGUAGAUUAUCUGAAUCAUUUUAUGAGAUUCUCUGACUGUACAUUGCAGCAUGGCAUUCUGUAUUUGUUAUGUGGUUUGAAAAGAAGAGAACCAUUACAAUUGCAAAGCAAAACCUCUUGGCCCCAGCAAAAAAAAUAUGUAUUUCUUAGAGUAAAAUGUGAAAAUAGCAGCUUUUUAUAAUAGCCUAUGGUAGGUUGGGAAGGAGGCACUUAUUUAUAUUUAUGUAUUGGGAGGGAGGCAAAACAUGUAUAAUCUGGCCUUAGUGAGAGUUUUGUGAAUAAAUAAGAGGCCUACUCCUUUUCUAAAUGGUUUAACUGUAAUCAUUGCUGCUGUAAAAUCUGUGUGUUUUUGUAUGUGCCAGAUGCAUAAGGGAGCUGAUUCCAAAAUAAAACAUGAAUAUGCAUGAAGUAUGCAUGAAAGUGGGACAAUGAGAGAGACUGUAUCUACAAAAAGUUUCAAAUGAGGCAAAUUGGCAGUGUUGAAUAAGAGUCUGUGCUCUAAAAAUGGCUCAGAAUUCCCUUCAAAUGAGAGAUCUUUAUCACAAUGAAGUAGAUCCUUACCCCGACUGAAUUAAAUCCUACAGCCGUUGACAAAAUGUAGGAUUAAAACGGAAGUUGGGCUCAGAGGAGAUUUUACAUUCAUAGUGACUCAUGACGUGGUGUACUGGGGAGAAACAUGCCUUGUCAUUUGCUCUGGAUAAAUCUGCAGUGUUGGAAUAUUCCACAGCAUUACUAAGGGUUAUGUGUUACCAUGGAGUCAAUUCCUCCCUCUCGUUCACAACAUAACUAUAAUCCAAAUGCAUAUGUAUGUGAUUAUUGCAUUUCUCUCUGUUACUAGAUCAGGGAUGGGCAACUUUGAUGGAGGUGGAGCCACAAAAAAUCUGAGCUCAUCAUGAACGGCCGCAAGUGGCUUGCGGGUCUGCGUACCCACAUCCAUACCCACACAUGCAGUAACCUUUUGGGGGCCCUAAGUGACAUUUUGUUGGGGGGGCUGGGCCCACCUUGUGAACAAAACAUUUUAGUGGCCGCCUUCUUGACAGCGGAGAGAAUAAAUAUACGUUUUAGAGUUAACUUCCUGCAAUUCUAUACAUUUUGCCAUAAGGUGGAGAGAAAUGUUUGCAGUUUUUAAUAUGAUAUCUGAGUGAGAGUGAUUAACAAAAUCAAUGGGGGCCCCACGGUCAGUAAUUUGACCAUGAUUACUACAAAUUUAGAUAGCUGGCUAGACUAAUUUACCAAUAUAUAUUUUUUUUGCAUGGGCUAAUUGAGUGUCAGUGACUGACAUAACAAGAUAAAAACUGCUAAUGCACUACCAAAUAUCGUGUAUUCUACUAUUCAAACUCUGAACAGUAAGUUGAGACUGAGUUCCUACAAAUUUAAAUGAAGUUGCCCAUCCCUGAUCUAGAUUAUUAUACCCAGAAUACAGUCAUCACUACACUCUUAGCAGUUGGUUGGGGAGCUACAGUAUGUUCAGUUCAUGUUUUCAUACUUAGAUAUAAUAAAAUGGAUUCCCUCUCUGACAGAAUGAGACAUGCUUAUUGCUGGGGACCUCCCCCCUGUCAAACUGAGCAGUAUUUUCAGUGCCACAUAGAUUUUAAAGAGAGAGAGAGUGAGAGAGAGAGAGAGAGAGUGAGAGGGAGAGAGAGAGAGAGCGCUCUUGAUACUGUAAGCUGCACUGAGUGUAAUACAAUGUCCCUGGCAUGUGUACUUGUACAUGGUUCUACCCUCAGUCAGACAUAAUGUGACCAGAACAUGGUGCUCCUGCAGGUGAAAUCAGUUUGGACACAGAGUGCUUUUGUAAUAAAGACUGACUGCAUUUUAAAUGAUUCAUGGAGCAGGGUUAGAUAUCUCUGAACAUUGAACCUUAGAACAGGUGAGCACCACCCUGCUACCCAGAUUUAGGAGACGAAUCAGACCCAGAGCUUUAUGGUGGAAUGGUAUAAUAAUGUUGCGGAGAAUCAAUACAAAAUUUAUCAGCAAAUUGAUUUACAGCAUGGACUGGGGUUGGGCUGCAUGAAUGAUGAGCUUUCAUCAUGUUAUCCUAAGACAUGAUGGCUGUCUAUGAAGCAUUUAUGAUGUAAUACAUAGGACAAACACAGUAUCUAGGCUAAAUCAGUUUGCAUGAUAACCUAAUCUCGAUAAGCGGCCAAGUGCUAAGGCUGUUAGAAUGCUAAUGCUGUUUGAAAAAUGAAACUACUUGUCUUUUCUCUCUUUGUCCACGCUCCCUCUCUCUCUAACCCCUCCCUCCCUCUCUCUCUUCCCCUACCCUCCUCUCUCCUCUCUUCCCCCUACCCUCCCUCUCUCUCUAACCCCUACCCUCCCUCUCUCUCUUCCCCCCUCCCUCCCUCCUUCCCCCUCCCCCUCCCCUCUCUCUCCCCCCUCCCCUCCCCCGCUCUCUCCCUCUACCCCUCCCCUCCCUCUCUCUCUACCCCCUCCCCUCCCCCUCUCUCUACCCCCUAACCCUCCCCUCUCUCUACCACCCCCUACCCCUCCCCCCCUCUCUAUACCCCCUAAACCCCCCCCUCUCUCUCCUCUACCCCUACCCUUCGCCUCUCUCUACCCCCCCCACCCUCCCCCUCUCUCUAACCCCCUACCCCUCCCUCCCUCUCUCUACCCCCUCCCUAAACCCCUCCCCCGUCCCCUCUACCCCUACCCUUCCCCUCUCUCUCCCCCCUACCCCUCCCCCUCUCCCUACCCCCCCUCUCUCUAAACCCCACCUCCCACCCCUCCCCUCCUCUCUACCUCUACCACCCCCCUACCCCCCCUCCCCCCUCCUCUACCCACCCCCUACCCUCCCCCUCUCCCUCUACCCCCCCACCCACCCCCCCUAACCCUUCCCCUCUCUCUAACCCCCUACCCUCCCCCCUCUCUACUCUACCCCCCUACCCUCCCCCUCUCUCUCUAACCCCCCCCCCCCCCCCCUCUCUCUCACCCCCUCCCCCUCCCCUCCCCUCUCUCUCUCACCCCCUACCUCCCCUCUCUCUACCCCUACCCUUCCCCCUCUCUCUACCCCCUACCCUUCCCCUCUCUCUACCCCCUACCCCUCCCCCUCUCCCUAACCCCUACCCUCCCCCUCUCUCUCUAACCCCCCUACCCUCCCCCUCUCCCCUCUCUCCUACCCUCCCUUCCCCCCCUCUCCUCCUCUCUACCCCCCUCCCCUUCUCUAACCUACUACCCUCCCCUCUCUCUACCCCCACCCUCCCCCUCUCUCUAAACCACCCUAACCUUCCCCUCUCUCUAUCUCCACCCCCUACCUCCCUCUGCUCUCUCUCCUCCUACCCUACCCCCCUUCUCCCCUUCCCUCCCAGUGGUUGAGUCCCCUCUGCCGCUGUUGAGGCCAUGGUGGAUGGAAAUCAUAGUGCUUGGGACGGUGGGCUGUGCCUCAGUUGUUUUCCUCCUUUCAGCCAUGAUCAUCUGCUACAAGGCCAUAAAGAGGUAUGUUGUUUAGCUGUCAAUGUCAAUGUGAUUGGCAUGGAAGAGACUGUGUGGUGACAUUCUUAUAGCCUACAUCCAUUCAGAAUACACAAAAAAAGUAUUUUGGGUCAAAGGGAGUUCAAAGGUCAGGGAAAUGGAAUAGAUCAUUACACUGUAAUUUACACUGUAAGAGUCAUUACACUGGUCACUCAUCAAUACUGUACUGUAUGUCAUACAUAAUAUUACACAAUACAGCUAUCACCAUAAAGGAAGUUAGAUUGAAAUGAAUAUAUAUAAUCUUACAAGGAAUAACUCAAUGAUCAGCAUUCAGCAUUAAAGAGAUAGAUUGGGGGUAAGGCCCUGCGAUAGACUAGCGUCCUGUCCAAGGGGUGUACUUGUACAUCAAGCUACCUCAUGCUAGAGAAACAGGAGAUAGGCUCCGGUACCCCCCUGUAUACAUAGCCUCCCUACUGUUAUUUUAUUUUACUUCUGCUCUUUUUUCUCAACACUUUUUUGUUGUUGUUUUAUUUUACUUUUUUAUAAAAAAAAAUUAAUGCCUUGUUGGUUAAGGGCUGUAAGUAAGCAUUUCACGGUAAUGUCUACACCUGUUGUAUUCGGCGCAUGUGGCAAAUAACAUUUGAUUUGAUUUGACUCCUAUGAGCCGUUCCGGCUCUCACAAGCGACUUACUUACUUAUUCACCUAGAGCAAUGUCAUUACACUGUCACUCAUUAAUACUGUACUGUAUAUCAUAUAUAGCGUUACGCAUUGCAGCUAUCACAAUAAAGCAAGUUAGAUUGAAAUGAAUAUAUAUAAUAUUACAGGGAAUAACCCACUGAUCUGAAAGACCUGUGCUAUAGUUAGCUGUCUCUAUCAGCAGUGUUCGAGACGUUGAAAUACUUUGUACAUUCCCUGUUCUAUUUCUCGGAGUGGGCUGAUUUUGAAUUGUGUAAUUGUUCAGAGCUUUUUAGGUUACCAGCUGAAUGGUUGUGAAAGUAAAGGCAAUAUGGGUUACCGGAGAACGCCAUGAACCUGUCCCUCUCGUCGUAGUGAUGAUGUAUACUGUUUCCCACUGUUUGGAUUGGUUCAUCAAAGGAAAGGCCAUGUGGGGUUUUAGCCUGCAGCACAACCAAGACCCAAUUCCCUGUCUGACAUUCAGGCAGCACAGAGUGUCACUCAGACACAUGCGUUCAGACACUUAAACACACACAUACUGUGCACGGUGCUGGACAUAGACACGCAUGAUAAACACAUGCUAACAGGCACAGUGUGACUAAAGAAAAUAUAAAUGUGCGCAAAGAAAUGCAUACAGACACAGCUGUUGACACGUUUCUGCACAUUAUUUGAAUACAUCAAAUUGUUAUUCAUAAAACUGUAUAAAGAGUGGAUGCUACAUAUGGCUUUCCUCAGUAGGAUAAUAUUUCUCCUUUUCUCAAACGUCAAACAGGCAAGUUCAGGCAGUGGAACUAAUAGGCGGUUGGCUCAGGAAUUCAUUAUGGCAAUUCUCCAGCCCCCUCUGUAGCCAAGGGGCACCUUAUUUAAUGCAGCGAUGGCAGGGAAGUGUUGUUGCAAUACGGGCCGCUGUAGCCCCAAACCCAAGUCAUUAUUUAUGAAUUAAUUUGCGCAGUCAUUCAGUCGCAGGCCACAUCUUUUAUACAUGCAAGCAGGUCGUGUCCUGAAGCUCUGAUGGAAGUGGGCUCUGUGACUGCAGAAUCUGAUGGAAGUGGGCUCUGUGACUGCAGAAUCUGAUGGAAGUGGGCUCUGUGACUGCAGACUCUGAUGGAAGUGGGCUCUGUGACUGCAGACUCUGAUGGAAGUGGGCUCUGUGACUGCAGACUCUGAUGGAAGUGGGCUCUGUGACUGCAGACUCUGUGCCACACCAAGCCUCCAUCCCCUCUGACUGAGGGAGGAGGGAGAAACUCUUAAGGUCCAGUCUGACUGCCCACAUUGAACACUCAUUAGUCCUGAGCCAAUGAGAAAUCAGUCUGAGGAAACUUUGUCAUGGGCGCUAUAAUCAUGCAUCCUCUCUGACUGAGUGUGCGAGAGAAACAGCCAGAGAAAUGAAUGAUACAGGGACAGAUAAGGAUGUUGUCUACCAAAGCUGUGAAACCGUAGUAAUUGGAUGUCUUUGUCAAUAACAAUGUGAGAGAGGGUUUGUCAGUGAGAAAAACAGAGCCUGUUAUAUAUAGCCCUUCCAGCCCCUCAGUGGUCAGGGCUUUCCCAAUGAAAAUCCACUGGAGUGUGGCCAAGGCCCCAGCAGCACAGACACUAGAUGUGCUAUCUCUGCAAGCCCAGGCCGUCCCUUAGCUCGGGCUGCACACAUUUGACCUUUUGUUUUUUUGUCUCGUAAUCUUAUUCCGCCAGUCGUCUGUCAGAGGGAAUGAGGUUGGACGAAACCCAUUCCAUCCAAUUCAAUUCAAUUAGGUUCAUAGCAUCAGGGGAGCUGCUGUUAGUGAGCAUAGAGAGGAAGAUUCAGACACGCUGCGUGACAGUGCUGUGCUAUCCAAACCACAGACAUGAUGCUGCAGUCCAUGCUGUCAGCAAUGCAGGGAGUCUAAACACCACAACAAAACAAGAUAACAUACUAAUGAAUCUGUGCUGGUUUUUCCUCAACUACUUGCUCCUCAGGGAUAUCUGGACAAAUCAGGACAGGACAAAUCAGGACAGUUUGUGUUCAGGGUAAAUCCACCAUAACCAUUCAGUUAGGGAAAGAUUUCACGAGGAAGCUACCCUCAUAUAGUGGUUUUCACUUUUCACUGUUUUGAAAGUGGUUGUGGUAAUAAAUAUAUUACAUAGUAUGUUAUCUAUUCUGGUUUUAUGAUAUUUCAUUACCACAACCACUUUCAAAACAGUGAAAAGUGAAAACCACUAUAUGAGGGGUCUCUGAACAGUAGCUUGUUCCUCUAAUGUCCAGAUGGGAUGAGAGUAACUGUAAACAGCUCAACACAUGUCCCAACCUCAACAUUAUCCCUUCCCCAAACUUCAAACAGGGGCAUGUACUGCGAUUGCACAGCUUUGAUAUGAAAUAUUAAUCUGACCUGUGAAGUGUUGUGUAGCCACCUGCCACGUGUCAACAGCAUGACAUCUAUUAUUGAAGGCCUGGGUAGAGGUCGCUGUGAGGCCCAAACACCCUGCCCUCUAUGGUGGUCUGCUGGAAAAACAUUGAUGAUCAUUGACUAGAGACUAGGUCAGUGCCUUUGGAGAAUGUUAAAACACCUCUUUAGUGGUCUGUGGAGACUGCAGUGGGGAAGUCUGGUGUAUCCCAACUCCCCUAGCUACCUCCAAUCAUGAACACAUGCACGCACACACACACAUACACAUAUACCCCAGCACUAGCCAAUCAUGUCCCAGCAGGAUGUGUUGGUACCCUUGGGCCCGGCAGUUUUCUCUCCCAGGCAGGUUGUCCCAGGUCCCAGAGGGAGAACACAGCAUCUGUUUAUCAGCAGGGCUGGCGUCUGUCUGUGGGUAGCCAUCACCACCACCACAGUCCGGCACUACAGGACACACUCCUACAGAUGGCAUUUACAGAAAACAAAACAUAGGAAGUGCACUGAGUCACUGUCACUGUCUCGUGUGAUGGGUAACCUUGCCUGAGACUUAGGAAGCCAACUGUCACCCCCAGACAGGAAGCUAGUAAGGAAGCUACGGAGUACUCAUUAGUGACUAUUCAGUUAUACUAAUGAGAUACUCCAAGUUAAGUGUCUCUAAGUUAGUACUGGAAAGAGUGAAUGGGUUCAGAGACAUUAACACAGUUUCUAUCACUCAUACAAUACAGUUAUGGCUUGUAUAAUCCAUGGAGAUUAAAUAUUAUAUUUUUACAAGAAGACAUAGUAUUUGUGGAUGAUGAUUUGUUUAGUUUAAGUUUAUUUGCACCAAAGAAAAUAAGUGAUAAACAACAAAUCAGAUAAAAAAUGUAAUAAAACACGGUGUGCAGGUGUGGUUGGAAGCCCAAGGGCUUAUAUAAAAGCCAAACCACAAAAAAACAAUAUACAAUACAUAAGUACAAAAAUGGUUUGUUGUGGACAUAGCAUUUGUGGAUUAGACUGAGAAUGACUGUCCGUCAGGUGAGACUGGCCAGAUGUGGCUUUAGGAGGAGAGGGAAGGAGAAACUGAGCUAAGAUGUAGCUUAAGGGUCCUCUGUGCCACUGAAGGCAGUGUACAGUAAUGAGUGGGACAAUGACUGUACUGACUGUAUUCAGAUCUGUCUCUGGGUUACAUAAGCCUGGGUAGAGGAGAGCAGCUGAAGGGGUCGGCACAGAAGACACAGUACACUGGACAAAUAUAAUAACCACAAAAGCACUGAGGGAUGCAUGAAAGGGGCUUGCAUUGAAGGAUACUGCUUUUCACAGACCAAUAACAGUGGAGGAUCAUGUGCUUCUGCUUGUUUUUCACCCAAAUGUGGCUCACAGAAAGGGUAGCAUUACAGCAUAACCAGAGUUAGAGAGAAUCACACACAGAGUAUCACCGUAUUAGGGUGGGUUUGAAUUUAAACCCUAGCAGUAUUUCUUCUGUGUCCAAUGUAUACAUAACAAGCUCUUCUGAGGUAAAAUAACAAAUAAUCGACCAUCAAUGGAGAGUGUGUCUAAAUGCCACAUCCAACAUCUCUUCUGUUUGAUUUGUAUCUUCUCGUUCCUUUCCUGGCUCUAAGAGUAAUGUGACCUUUUAAUGUUCAGUUUAUUAGAGAGCAUGACUGACCAGUGCAUCCACAAUAGCCUAUGAAAUCCAAUCUCUCCAUAGGUGAACAGCCACAGGCUUUAGCAGAAUGAUUUAUGUUUUUCCUGAAGUUGACUAAAGCACCUUUACUGUCCUAACAUAAAUUGUGUCUGUUUGCAGGAAACCACUACGGAAAGAGGAGAACGGGACAAGUCGUGGGGAGUAUGCCAUGAGUGUACGCAACAAGAAGGCCAUGGGCCCCAACAACACUGUGGUGUAG